AUGGUCAAAAACUCAGCCCAAGACCCUUAAGACAAUUCUUUAUAAAUGAAAACUAGAUAAUACUUAGUAUCAGGCAGAAGACUUCCAUCAAAAGAAGAUCCAAAUCCAAAAGUUAUUAGCAUGAGGAUUUUUGCCAGAAAUACAGUGGCAGCAAAAAGCAGAUUUUGGUGGAAUUUAAGAAGAUUAAAUAAACUUAGACCAUCACAUGGUUAGAUUUUAGCAGUUUAAGAAUUGUUUGAAAGAAGAGACACAAAUGUUAAGACAUAUGGAAUAGUUCUUAAAUACCAAUCAAGAACAACAAUACACAAUAUGUAUAAGGAAUUCAGAGAUACUACAUUAAAUGGUGCAGUGUCUUAAUUAUACUAAGAAAUGGCAGGAAAUCAUAGAGCAUAACCAUAAACAAUUCACAUUCUCAGAACAUCUGUAUUGACAAAGAGCGCUGAUAUCAAGAGAGGCAAAACAAAUUAAUACAGAGGAGAUUCAAUUAAAUUCCCAAUUGUUAAGACUGUUCCAAGAGCAAGCCAUAAAAAAUUCAGAACUGUAUUUAAAGCAAAAAGACCAAAUCUUUAUAGAUCAUGAUGAUGAUGGUUUAGUACAAUAUUAAUAAUAAAAAUUAAUUGCGAAUAAGUAUUCUAA